AUGGUUACUGCAAAUGAUACUCAAAAAGAAUCUAACAGAAAUAGCUCUAUUCUGUUAGACAUUAUUACUGUUAAGCCAAUUACUUUAUCAAGCAACUAUGGGAAAAAUAUACCAAUUGAUACCAAAAAUUCUGCUCGUAAAAGAUGUCUAACUGAAUAUGAAAAAACAAAUAUGUUAACUAACAAGGAGCUUGAGACUAGUCAAAUAGUCCUGAAUAGAGUACUAGCACAAAAUCAAGAUCAAGAAAUAUUAUUAAAUGAUCCUAUAAAAGUUUUGAAAGAAGUGCAAGCCCACUUCCAAAAGCAAUUCAUAAGCAAAAAAAAUAGCUAUAUGGAGGCUGAGAAACUUUGGUCUGAUGAGUACCAACCCAAAAGAAGAAUCCAAGAGUCCUGGUUUGAUCCG